AUGAGCUACAGGACUGCAUUUCUCGUCAAUAGUGGUAGAAGGCUGCUAGCCUGCGCUGAAUCCCGUUCUAUUCACUCUGCUAUUCCUCAAAAGGGUGUGAUAAAAGCUGCGAGUAAAAUUGCCCAGUCAAUGGCUAAUGCAGCUGUUGAAACUCUAUCUGAAGCUGGGAAAGGCGUGCAAAAGACGAUGACCACCGGAAUAAAACAGAUGGUAGAAGUUGGAAAAACAGCUGGAGAAGCGAUUAAAAACGAGUCCGGAUACAUGGAUGCCCAAGGAUCUGCAUCGGAAUUCAAAGGUCCUGAUGGCACGGCGGAGCAUGCUGUCAGAGAUGCCAUGGACGCUGCGAAGAGAGAAAAUCCCACCACCAACGUCAUUGAACCCGAAGAAGGAGCUCGUGAAGAAGCAAUAUUCAAGGCGGACGAUACUAAAGGAAACAUGGAUGACGCGGUUGGAAACUGA